UCGUGAAAUAAAGAUGUGAUGCUGGUCCCGGCAAACAGCACAGCCACUGAAUGGAGCUAGCUGAGGUGCCAUGAACCUGGAUGCAGAGAACCGAGUCGUCCUAAACGUCGGUGGUAUCCGGCAUGAAACUUACAAGACGACUCUGCGGAAAAUACCGGCCACCAGGCUCUCCAGACUGACUGAGGCACUCGCCAACUACGAUCCUGUCCUCAAUGAAUACUUCUUCGAUCGGCAUCCUGGAGUCUUCGGACAAAUUCUCAACUACUACAGAACAGGCAAACUUCACUAUCCAACUGAUGUCUGCGGACCUCUCUUUGAAGAAGAACUUGAAUUUUGGGGACUUGAUUCCAAUCAGGUGGAACCUUGUUGUUGGAUGACAUACACUCAGCAUCGAGACACCCAAGAAACUCUGGCUGUCUUAGACCGAUUGGAUCUUGACACGGAUAAGCCAAGCGAUGAAGAAAUUGCUCGAAAAUUCUGUUUUGAAGAAGAUUAUAACAAUGGUACUCUUUCUUGCUGGCAAAAAGUCAAACCCAAAAUAUGGUCUUUGUUUGAUGAGCCUUAUUCAUCGCUAUGGGCCAAAGUAAUAGGCGUGAUGUCAGUUUUCUUCAUCUGCGUUUCCAUUCUUUCUUUCUGCUUAAAAACUCAUCCAAACAUGCGAGUUCCAGUUAUCCGAAAUGUCACAGUAAAAGAUACGACAACAAACACGAUAGCAUGGACACUGGACAAAGUGUCCACUUAUCCCCACGAUGCCUUCUUUUUCAUCGAAUGUGCAUGCAAUGCUUGGUUCACUCUUGAGAUCUCUAUUCGAUUCAUGUCCUGUCCCAGGAAAUUGGAAUUCGCAAGAGGAGCUGUCAAUGUCAUUGACUUCACGGCCACCCUGUCAUUUUACAUCGACCUUGCUUUGCAGAGAUUCGCUUCUCACCUUGAAAACGCCGACAUCUUAGAAUUUUUUAGCAUCAUUAGAAUCAUGAGGCUUUUCAAAUUAACCCGGCAUUCAGCUGGUCUCAAAAUCCUGAUCCAGACAUUCAAAGCCAGUGCUGGCGAACUCAUUCUUCUUGUGUUCUUCCUGGUCCUGGGAAUCGUCAUUUUUGCUUCUCUUAUCUACUAUGCUGAACGAAUCCAGGCCAAUCCCAACAAUGAUUUCACCAGCAUACCUUUGGGACUUUGGUGGGCCCUGGUCACCAUGACCACUGUGGGAUACGGAGACAUGGCACCAAAGACAUAUACAGGCAUGUUUGUGGGUGCCCUUUGCGCCCUGGCAGGUGUGUUAACAAUAGCUCUGCCCGUGCCUGUUAUUGUUUCCAACUUCGCUAUGUUUUACUCUCAUACCCAAGCAAGGGCAAAACUUCCUAAAAAGAGGAGGAGGGUGUUGCCCGUGGAACAGCCCCGAGGACCUAGAGGAGGCAGAGGGCCACCAGGGGCGGGAGGAGAUCGAAGGAUGAACGCCCUCAAGCAAAAUCAUCCCAAGGAUAUGCUCACGCCCAAGUUAGGUGAAAAAGAACCUAUGCUAAAUCACAACCGUGAUGAGACGCCAGGUCCACCUCCUGUUAGAAAUCGGAGGCAGAGUGCAAUAGAUAGAGCUGCAAGACUUGUUGAUAUUCAUCACACGGUAGUACACGUCUCUACCGAAAUAGCAAAUACAGGUGAUCCCUUGAAAUCUCCCGAAAGGACAGGGAACGGAAAUCCAGGAAACAACCUGAAUCCCAAGCAAGAUGUGCAAGCUUCUAACUCACCUGGAUCUACAACUAUGCGUAUGGAUGCGUGAAUACUUCCACAAGCGACUUCACGUGAUUCAUUUUAACCAAUUAAGUUUCUCGCAAACAAUUGCAACUUAAAUAUAUGGUACUAAAAAGAAAGUGACAAACUUCCAAUACAGCUAAAAAGUUAUAUGGGUUCUUGUUGAAGGAGUUGUUAAAUUUUAUAAAUUAAAAGAAACGAGUCUUAUAACACUGAGCGUUAAUGUGAUAAAACACAAGCAAAGAAGUUAUUCUGCCAAGGAUAUGCUGUGGACCAAUUUAGCGAAAAUAUAUGUAUUAAACUGGAUUUAAUUUUUCUAAAUUUUAAUUCCGAUAGAUUGUUGUUUACCUUUUAAAUUUUUUUUUCCUCUCUUGAAGGAAGAUAUGGCUUUAAAAACAUGCAAUCUGGACAAAAAUUACCAGAUACACAUCUUUGAAGAUACUAUCUCUAAUAAGUUUUCUACAAACAAGGCAAUGAACUUAGCUGUUGAAAUAUGUACAUGUCUUCGCUUUGACUUUUAAAAAUAAGAAAAAAUUAUUUUGCAAAAUAUAUUAUAUAAUAAGGACCAAAAUAAGAAGUGUUUAACAAGGUCGUGACACUGCCUUAUAUGAAAAGAUAGCACAAGACAAAAAGUCUUAUACAUUGCCAAAAUUAAUACUCAUACAAAAUUAUUUAUUUCAUUGGUUUGUCAAAUAAAACCCAAAGAGAGGCUUUUGGUUUCAAAAUAAGUUCAAUUGAUUAUUUUCAAUUUACUUUGGAAAUACAAAAACACCAGAUCAUAGAAUUAAAAUUUUAUAUAUUUCCUUUUUAUAUUAGUAAUAAAAUAUUCCCUAUCUAAAAGUUUAAGUAAUAUGUUUUUACUAAAGAAAAAAUACAAAAAGAAGUAAUUUAUUUAUUAAAAAAAAAUUAAAAUAAUGAAAGUAUUAAUUCAGAUUAAAUCAAGGAUAUUAAAGAAUAAAAUCGGUUUCCAAAAAGCACUUUGGGCUCGGUUUGAUACCAAAAGCCUUAAUUAUAUCAUAUGCCUUAAGUCUACCUUAAAUGCACACAUAAAAACUUCCAUAUAAUGUUAAUAAAAUGUUAACUACCAAAAAAAAAAUUUUUUUUAAUUUAUGUAACACUUGGAAUAUUAACAAUUAACAUUAGGACUACAAUUUCAAUUGUUGAAACGUAAUUAACAUCUAUCAUAAUAAAAUAACAUUAUGGUAAUAAUUAGAUGCAGUGCAGACCUAUUUAUCUUUAAAUAAAUUAUUCAACUCAAAACGUCAUCUACUGAUUGGAUUUAUAUGACUGAUGCAAAUUUUUAUGGCAUAAAUAUCUAAAAAUAAUUUGCACCUAUACAACCAAAAGCUAAAACUGUUAUGAUAGAUGUUAAUUAUGCUAGUAAUUAACACCUAUCAUAACAGUUACUAACUAUUUUACAGUUAUUAAUUACGUUUUAAAUUACAUUAGGUAUUAAUGUUUUUUUGGUUCAAAAACAAUGCGUAAAAACAGUUUACACGAGAAGUGAAACAUCUUCUUUGCAAACAUUUAUAGAAUUGAUGAUUUAAUAUUACCAUUAAAAAUGACAAUACUUUAAAAUAGUUUUUUUAUUGAGAAUCAUAGCAUAAAAGCUGAUUACUGAUUUUAAACAGCUAAAUUUCAUUAAUUAUAUUUUUAAUUUCACAAAAAAAAAGCAGCUACUUUACAUUUUUUAUUUCCAAUUCCAGUCCUUCAUCAUUAGAAUUCAUUAAUUAUUGAACAAAAAUUAAUGAUAAAAAAUGCAAUAUUUAUCAUUAACCAGUCUUUUAUAAUGAUUAUCAUUAUUCAUUCUCCAUCCCUGGAAAACAUAAAAGCUGUGAAAUUUACAAAAGUUUUAAACAUACCUGGGAUACCAACUUUCCUUAAUUUUCAUAUAUAUAUAAAAUUUUGGGUUAUAUAAAGAAAAUUCUAGCUGAUAUUUUUUUGGCUAUUUUAGACACAUAGAAUUAAUCAGAAAUUUUAUCUGAACUAACUUGCAAGUCCGAAAUAAUUUUUCAAAUUGAAUGAAAAUUUGCAGAAAACUUAGCACUUAACUAUAAACUUGAAGGAAAGCUUUUUUAAUGACAUUAAUUGGUGGUUCAAAUUAGUUUGAAUGGCUUCUAUAUUUGGUCCUAUGCAUUUAAAAAUACACUAUUAUAGAAGUUAUUCAAAUACCAAAGAUUGUAAUAGCGAUCCUAAAUUAAACUACUGAUAAUAUUUAAAUUCCAAUAAUAAAUUAAUAUUUUAAUAUGAGGCAAAACUUUUGAAGAAUUCUUCUAUUUAUAUAUUUAUUUAUUUUAUUUAUUUCUUGAGAUUUAAAAAAUAAUAAUUUUUCUGGUCCAGGUUUUUAAAGAAUAGUAAUUUAGACUAUUUAAACUGAUAUUUAACUGUGGCACUUUGAUCUGGAAUAAUACUAUCAUAAAUCAAGCUAACUCCUCAUAAAAAUGUACCUCAUGAAGUAAAAAUACAUCUUUUUUAAAUUAAAAGUCAUAAAAUUAGAUUGAAGAUCAUUACAUCUUUUACAUAGUCUGUGUUAAUCUUCACAUAUUUUUAAGAAGUGCAAAUUAUCCAACAUUUUAGAAAACAUAAUAAAAAGAACUGUUAUAACCUUUUGCAUCUCUCAUAUAAGUCGAAGAAUACGAUGUAUUAUAUAAUAUAAUCUGUAUUAUAUAAGUGUUGGCGUCAAUGUCAGUCACUGAAAGUGGUUUGUCAUGCAGGAAUAUUGUAUGACUAAUUAUAUCUGGAAGAAAUAAUUCUGUGAAUUAACAGACAUUCCUAUUCAAAACAUCUCUUUUGGUGCUUAUGAUAUGUACAAAAAUGUGAUCCCUGUCAUA